CAUGAGAGCAUUCCUGAAUGUAAACAAACAGAGUUUCGUGAAUUGAACUGGAACAAUUUGUCUGGUUGAAUAAUCUUGUAUCAUUUCCAUAAGUUUUUUUUAUCAUCUUAUUAAUAUUCUAAUUCAAUUACGCCUUUUCCUAAGUACGCAAGCAAAUAUCUGAAAAAUUUUACCGCCAGGUUGCAUGCCAAAUAGAAUCCCAACCGCUGAAAUUCCCUCUGAAGAGCACAGAUCAUUGGCAGUGUCGGUUUUCUGUCCAGCAUGACUUUAAUUGCCACGUUCGUCUUGCUGUUCUUGUAUUUCGUGCUGGUGUAUUGUGAAACAACAGUUCCAUGGUAUGAAAAUCUUCCUGCAGUUGCGAUGGACUACAAAGUACAUGUCGAUCCUGGAAAAGAGGAUUGCUACUUCCAAUAUGUUAAUCCGGGAGCCACUUUUUAUGUCAGCUUCCAGGUUUUAAGAGGGGGAGAUGGAAUGGCCGGUUUUGCAGUUCGUAACCCAGCAGGUGUAAUAGUUCACCCGUAUCAAUGGAAAGCAAGCUCUGAUUAUCAAGAUACUUCUGCGACCGGUGGCUACUACAGUGUCUGUAUAGACAAUCAAUUCUCACGAUUUGCUUCAAAAUUAGUCAAUCUUUACCUUACUGUCAUCAGGUAUGAUCAGUGGGAGAAUUAUAACAAAGAAGUCGAAGACAUGAACCUAGGUGUUGAUAAUUUCACUAGUCGGGUGAUGAAUGUAGAGCGAAAUAUCAAUGACAUGAUCCAUUUCCAACACCGAACCAAAAGUCAUGAAACUAGAGACAAAAUCAUGGUGGAAGAUAAUUUGAGAUAUGUGCAACGUUGGUCAUUGUUUCAAAUAGUCAUCAUCAUUGGAACAACUGUGGUUCAGGUAUAUUUUGUAAGAAAAUUAUUUGAUAUUAAAAAUUCUCGGCCAAGAGUUUGAGGAACAACUUUUCUUCGUGAUUUCAUCCUCAUGCAUGGCAAAAAUGUUUUUUGUCUUUCUCUAAAGGGAGAAAUUGCCAGCCCCCUUUUUUUUCUCAUUCAUGAGAAACCAACAUUUUUAAAGCAAACUUUGCUGGAGAAUACUCUAUGAACCUGUUUGCAUAAAGGCAAAUCAGGGUAUUAAGAUCAUUAUGAUAUCAAAAGCAUGUCUCCCACACAAUGAGAAAUUUUCUCCUCAAUUUAUAGUUGAGGCACUUAGCUUUUUAUCAUUACUUUGAAAAAGAAGCCCUCUGUGCUUGUCCUUAACUCAUUAAUGGCGGUAUGAUUUUUAAAACAAUGGGGUUGCUACAUUAUCCAAGAAUCUGUUGGCCCAAUAUUUAUACAUUUGAAACCGAGUUGGAUUUUUAGUGAUUUUGACAUUAUUUUUCUCAGCUAAAAUUUUAUGAGUAAAAGGCAGAGAACUGUAAAGAUUCUCAUUUGGUACCUGUUUUCUGAAAAUGAGUCCAAGAAACAUUAUGCAAACAGCCCCAUUGUACAGGGUUAUCCAAAAGUCCUGCACCACCCCUAUAACCCCUAGAGUUCUUGCCCCUUAUCAGAGUGGUUCCUUUAACAUUUUGGAGGUUCCCAAAGGCUGUUUCCUUUGAGUUACGAGCACUCACAAAAUUUCAAGUCUACAUCUUAAUUGGACGUAUUUAUAUCAAACGGAACUAUGUGCAUUAAGCCAUGAGCCCCGAGACCCAUAAAAAUAUGUGCAUAACAGGGCUCACGUCAUAAUGCACAUAGUUCUGUUUGGCAGAAAUACAUCCAAUUUGAACAAAAAUCACAGGUAAGACGCCUGAUCCUAGUGGUGCGGGACUUUUGGAUCACCCUGCUACGCUCCUUAACCACAAACAUUUUUUAUGAUAACUUUUUGACGAUAUAUUCAGAACUCAUUCAGGUUUCAAUCAUUGAGACCCCAACAGAGUCUAUUGUUGACAUGGAGAUUCUCUUUUCUUCAAUUAUUAAUCAAAUCAAAUGUCCAAUUUAUUUAUGUUUCUCCUUCAAUUAACAACUAAUAUUCAUCAAUGUUUACUCAUUUUUUAACUUUCUCAUUUCAAUUCUUGUAAAAUGAUAAGUGUUGGUGAAACAACAGAAACUUGCACAAUGAUCUUCCAUGCACUUUUAAGUUAAGUACUUAAGUAAUUCUCCUUUUUUCUUGGUGUCUCGUGUAUGUUCUGUUUCUAACUCCUUUUUCCUAUUUUCAAGAUUAAUGGUAAUCUGUAAUUGAGAAAAAGUUGACGUAACGGCCACAGGAAUUGUGAUCUUAAAUUUUUUAGAAGCUCUCUUUUAAGUUCUCGAUUAGGAGAUAUUUUUAAAUGUUUUAUUCAACUUGUGUAGCAUUUCCAUGAUUUUUUCAUGGGAAAUUUGCUAGAUCACUGCAUUGUAGAAUUUUAGGAUUCCUUUUUAUUGGUAUUUUAUUCUUAGGCUGAGGAUGAUUUGAACCUUUCCAUGGUUUUAAGUUAACAUUAUUUUUAUUAAACAGCCAAUUUUUUAUUUUUUACUAUCACAACUUUUUGUGCUCUUAAGGAAGUUGUAGUCAUCUAUAGUGGGUAGUUGUUUUGAGGGAUCAAGAUUAUUUGAAGUGUUUCAGGGUUCUGAAUAAUUUUUAUUUUGUUAAACCGAGCCAAUUUUUUAACCAUUAGUCUUACUUUAUUUGUUGUUCAAUAUUUUAUGAAAGAUAGGUUUCCUAUUUGCAUUUAUUUUUGAGUUCACUUGAGAAGUGCACCAGUAUUUCUCAGGAAUAGGUUAAGGACCAAGAGGUAUUUUUUCCCUUCGUUUUUCCAGCAUAUUAGUAACCUAGAGCAGAGAUACUGUAAUUUCAUUUUUGCUGUUUGGAGAUAUUAAGCAGUAGAUAUCACCGCAGAAUUUUUUCAUAUAUACGGAGUUCCUCCUAAGCAUAUGAAUAAUCCUAUUUUUCCAAAAAUGUUAGUCAUGAUCCUUUUGCUCUAAGCUUUUGAUAUGAGAUAAUAUUCCAUGGGUGGAUGAGUUUUAUGCUUUUGAACUAAAAUUUAACUAAAAUGAAUGUAAUCAAUUGUAUCUGUUAUAUUGGUGUUCGAACUUUUUGGUCAAAAUAAUAUAUGAGGGUUCUCUGCAAGGAGCUGAGAUUGUCUUCGUGUAAGAUAUUAAAUGUGACUAGGUAUAUUGAAGCAAAACACUAUAAUGUAUGGCCUGAAUGCAGAAGCUUCAGGUCAUACAGCGGUUCCUAGUUCCUUUUUGCAGAAUCAUGUUCAUGCUGGUGAAGAAAAUUUAACUUUUUACUGUAUAAAAAAUCUUUCAACGCAUGAAAUGCAAACUUGUUCAUUUCAACAUUACAGUAGUUUCUCUUUGAGCGGGUAAUACUUUUCAAUUCAUCCGCGAUGAAUUUUUUCCUCCCUCCAUUAUUGCCAUCCAUUGAAUCCUCAGCAGUUCUUUCCCACAACUAAUUCGAGAAGCAUUUUGACAGUGAAAUGAGAAAAACUUGCUUCUACAUUUGCAGUAUUGUAAACGCUUUGACCCAUUUAAUAUUAAUCAGGAAAGCUAUCAAGUUUAAUUUCUGACAUUUCACAUGACUCUUCUUCAGUUGCCUAAAAACUUAAUUUAAAACUGUCAUGGUGUCUAUUGAAAUGUACAGUGGACAAGAGUGGAAAUAUUGAUGUAAGUAUUUUUUCUAGUUUUACCAUUGAUUACAACAGCCCUAGAGACCCCUCACCCACAAAGUUUUUCGUAUGUAGGUUUCCGAGCCUUGAUCAGUAUUACUAGUAAUGAUCUAUCAAUUUGUCUGUAAGCUUAAUUCCAGAAUAUUGUACCUAACCACAAACUGGAGGGAAUUUGUCUAGGCUUUGAUAUUUUUUUUCGUCAAAAAGUAGGUAAUGCAGUUUACUUACUUAUUUUUAAACAACAUACAGCAUCAGUAUAACUUGGAACUGCUUUAUCGGUACCUCAAUUUUUUUCUCUAAAAGGGAAUGAUCGUUUAUUUUAAAUUUGAGUUCAAAUUGAAGUAUAAAACAAGUACUCUUCCUUGCUGCUGCCACCAGUGUGUUCUGAACAAUCCACGUUCAUCCUGCUAGAAUUAUGAUUUUAAUUUGCAAGGUCCUAUAUCGAGAUACAGAUCUGAAAACAUUAGUUUAUCAGUCAGAGUUUUCCAUGAUAUUUUCAUGCUCAGUUAUUUCUUUGCAUAUUUUCCUUUCACCACCAAAGGCUAGAUAAUUUUCGAACAAUAUGACCGAGAGGUCAUGACCAUUCUCUACCUCAAACGAAUUCUCAUUACUGUACUUGGUUUAUGAAAGUUUUUUCGAUCAAAACCGUGAAUCAUAAAUAUAAAUAUUAAUUGUUUUUUUGCUCUUUCUAUAGCUUCUCUAUCGAAUUGAAACUAGUUCAGUGGUCAGCUAUGUCUUUUAUCUCAUGACUUUUUCCUUUCACCCAUGCUCCAUAUCAGACUUGACUACAUGCCAUGUGAUGCACCGAAGAAAUAGGAGACUUGGAUGAAAAACAUAAAAAUUGAGAUUGGUAACUACAUUUUCGCAUCUAGGUGUUAAUUCUGAAUCAUUUGCAACAGAAAAAAGAAGAAAAAUCCACAAAUUGACUUUUCCAGAGCAUUUCGAAGUUUAUAAACAUAUGAAUGUGAUUUCGAGAAAAACUUGAUGAAAGUUAUGAAAUAAUUUAUCUCAGAGAAUUUGGCCUCUUUGUCAUUAAAAAUGAAUAAACCUGUCUUUGUCAUAAAUUCAAUAUUGAAAAAUGAACUCUAAUUAAAAUGCUUUUGUGCAAGCAUUUGAUAACAGCCGCUUAGCCAAGUAGAGAUGGAGUCCUUGUGCGGUUGCCCAUUGCCUCCACUAUAAACGCUUAUUAUUUUGUUAAAAAUGCAAGUUUCAACAUAAAAUCUUGCAUACGUUCUCUAGAAAUAUGUAGAAAUCAAUUAGUAUCAAAACUGAAAAUUUAUAAUUUAGACCGAAACUGUAUUUUACCAUCCUGGAAAAUUUGGCAUCUCACCUUGAGUCCCUUUUCCCCCCCAAGUGUAUCACAUGCCAUGUCGAUGAGUUUUUCCUUUCUGCCCCAAUGUUGUUUCUCUUCUAAAUUUUUUUCACGUCAGUAUUACAUUGUUUUACUCUAGAAUAUUACUCCCUUCCCCAAGUUUUAAUUGAAAUACUCAAAAAUGUGUGUUUUAUAAGUAUCUACUUAUCUCUCAUGAAUGUAUUCAUGAAUUUAUUAUUUAAAGCAAAAUAGGACAGCAGACAAGAUAUUUUAUUCUUUCAUCAUUUUUAAAUCAUUACUCCGUAUGAAGUUAUUUAAUGAACCCAUUUUUUAAAGGACCUAUUGAUACAUGACUCCCAGCUGGUCAUGAGCCUAAAAACAUCUGCAGACAUAUCUAAAGAUUUUCAGAUAGAAUAAAUUUUGAUUUUUUGCUCCAAUAUGAAUCGUUCCUAUCCUUGGAGGAUAGCUACACAUUAGUAAUCUAAAAGACCGAUUCUUUUUCUUUAGACGUUUGCUUUGUGUUCCAAGUGGAAAGAUAUCAGCCUAAAGACCAGUUUGAGUAUUUCGUGUUUUCAUUGUUAAAUCCUACCUGUAAGAAUGUUAUCUUCCUGCUGGAACUAAUUUUGAUUAUUCUGGUGAUAAUCUUAACGAGAGGCCAUUCAAGUAUUAUGCAAGGCAUUUUGGUGGUCUUUUUUACCCCCUCUCUCCGUUUUGAGGCACCCGUCAGAAAACUCCCCAAAUCCUUUUUUAAUCAUUUAAGAUUGGCCCGACUCUUCCCCUCUCCCUAAUUUUUCAGAAAAUAAUGGAGAAAACGUGAAACAUAUUUUAAAAACUGAUUUUUAUCGAAAAAUACAAAUUUUUUUUAGAAAAGGGGAUUUGUAAGUAUAUAGAUUUUUGCCCGUAAGUUAGGAGAGUAAAUGUGCUGUUACCUCUCAAUUUCUUUUCUUCAACCAUAAACCACAAGAAUAAGGCUCUCAUGUUCUCAGUCAUUUCUCAGUCGAUACACUUGUAGCAGUUUCCUCUGUUCAAACUCCGCCUGAAAAUUUUAGAAGUCAUAUUCGGCCAGCAGGCCUAAUUUUCCUCAUUCAAUUCACACAGCAGGAUCUCUCGUUUUCAAGCGCAUGGAUCCUGGUGAAGUGAAAAGUCUGCUCUCCAUUACAUUGACUGUGGCUUGAAACAUAACUGUUUCUCUAACUGCUCUUUUUGACAGGAGAGCGUCAUAAUUUUACUUUAAGUUGUUAAUUUUUGUACAUUAUUGUUAAUUUAUUGGUGGAAUUAUGAUGAAAAAUUAGGCACUGAGUUGUUAUUAUGAUUCUUAGCCUUUAAUUUAUGACUUGUUUUAAGCGACUCUGUAUGAUGGAUGCUCUAAAUUAGUAGAAUUGACUUUUUUCUAAUUAAUAUGUGCACCCUUUUUAAGAAUUGGAGAAAAGUCAGGGAAAGAGAAUUAUCAAAUCUUUUGUCCAUCUCCGAAAUAAGACUAAAGCCAUAUGUACUUUGAGUGUUGAAUCUCGCAGCACCCUCACCUUUCAGAAGCAGGGAAAAGGCUGCCCCUGAUUAUCUAAGUGGACGUAAAGAGUAUCAUUAAGCUAAGUGGACCUGCAAGAAUGGUGAUCAUAAAUGUAUUAUUUCGAGAUAUUGAUUUUUGGUUUCGCUCUAGAAUUUUAACUUGAAAUUAAGCUCAACACUUAAUAUAUAAAAAGUAUUCAGGCUUUGAUGUCUUUCUUUUUAAAUAUUUUUGUCAACAGAUUGUAGACUGUAUAAUUUCUCGGAGCUAUCCUUAUAAAUAUAACUAACCCAACUAAACAUUGCUUUACAUCAGUACUGUCACUGUUUGGUAAAUCGUCAUUAUUUUACUGAAGUAUAAAUUUGUGCAAUUUUUUUUAAAAACCUAAAUUUAAAUAUCAGCAUGAAAAUGUAUUUAAACAUGGUGCUUUGAAUGUACCUUAUGUGAUGGUUACGUAACUGCUGUUCUUCGUUUUUUAGUACUUACGACACUGACACUAUGAUAGUGCGCCUUCUUGGAAUUUAAUUUGUUCCAAGAACUGCCUAUGACCUGAUUUAGAUUAGCAGCCUUCAAAUUGUCUCUAUAAUUUAAUAGAAGUAAUUCUGUGUGCGUAUUCGUUGAUUAAAGUGUUAAGUUUAUGUAAAGGAAGCAUAAAUUAACAGAAUUUUUGAAAGAAAAAUCAAACUAGAUGAUUGCCUCAUAGGUGCAAGAAUUUUUUCUUGGUACCCUUUUCAUGUGAUCAAACAUCAUCCCUUGUUAUUAUAGAAAAAAAUAUUGUUCUAUUUUUGUUACAUAAGUAUUAGCAUUUUAUUUAACUGUUAAUAAUAUCUUUACUUUAAUUAUUAGAGGGCUUUAGUUUGUAAAACUAGGGUUGUACAUUUUUUAAAAUAUUUUUCUAUUAAAAUUUGUUUUUAAAUUACACACUUUUGAUUACAAAA